AUGGCGCAUGCUCAAGAAAUUCAGCUCCAGAUCAGAGGCAUUCCGGACGAGGAAUCCGUCCAUGAAGAUGCCCGCGAUGAACCCAAGGCCGCCAUGCGCCGGUCCACUAGAGUCAGCUUCCGAUGGUGGAUGACGGUGGUGGUGGACAUGCUCAUGGUUCUCUGUGGGACGACUGUAGCCACCCUCCUCGGCCGCCUGUACUAUAACUCCGGCGGCAACAGCAAGUGGAUGGCCACGCUCACGCAGUCUGGUGGUUCGCCACUUCUGGUCGUCCCGCUCCUCAUGACGCCGGCGCCCUCGGCGGAGGAGCGCCGGCCGGCGGUGUCCAAGAUGUUGGCCGUCUACACGGGCGUCGGGGUCAUGAUCGGCUUCGACAACCUCAUGUACUCGUACGCGCUGCAGUACCUGCCGGUGUCCACCUUCUCGCUCGUGGCCGCGACGCAGCUGGGCUUCAACGCAAUCACCUCGCGCCUCAUCAACGCCCAGCGGUUCACAGCGUUGAUCGCCAACUCCGUGGUCGUGCUCACCUUCUCCGCCGCGCUGCUCGGCGUGGGCUCCUCCUCCGAUGAGACCUCCAGCGACGUGCCGCGCGGCAAGUACCCAGUGGGGUUCGUCCUCGUGCUGGCCGCCUCGGCGGUCUUCGCGCUCAUCCUGUCCCUCUUCGAGCUCACCUUCGAGAAGGUGAUCCGGGUGCGAACGGCGCGGUGGGUGCUGCGGAUGCAGAUGUACACGAACCUGGUGGCGUCGGCGGUCUCCGUGGUGGGGCUGCUCGCGUCGGGGGACUGGCGGACAAUCCCGGGGGAGAUGGCGUCUUUUAAGGACGGGAGGGCGAGGUACGUGCUGACGCUGGUGGGCACGGCGGUGUCGUGGCAGGCAGCGGCCGUGGGCGUGGUGCGGCUGAUCAUGAGGGUGUCGUCGCUGUUCGCGAACGUGACGUGCACGCUGGCGCUGCCGCUGGUGCCGGUGUUCGCGGUGGUGCUGUUCAGGGACAGGAUGACGGGUAUAAAGGUCGUGGCCAUGCUCAUGGCGGUAUGGGGGUUCCUCUCCUACAUGCACCAGCACUACAUCGACGGCCGGCGGGCCGGGAACGCCGAGUGCCACGUCUGCGCCACACGCGCGCGAAGCGACGCGGUCUUGCCCGCUUGA